AUGGGGUGCUGCUAUUCAAGAGAUGUAAAUUUUAUUUACUCCCCUUUGUUAGCGAGCAAAAAAUCUUUACUUCAAUUUAUUAUUAAUUAUUAUAAUAAUAAUGAAUCUCAAGCAAAUAAUAAUGUUCUCUAAAAUAUAAAUUUUAUCAAUUAAACCGCAAAUUAGGAUUUUUUAAAUAAAAUAAUUUUAUACCAAACAUUUUUUUCUAAAAAAUAUUAGACCCCUUGGCUGGCAAGUAAUUUUGCUUGCUAGCCAAGGGAGAAGCUAGAAGAUUUUACAAGACACAGAUAUAGCAAAAAACAGCUUCAUAUCAGAAGCAAAGUAUUUGAAGCUACAAACUCUCGAAGAAGAAAAUGAUCCAAAAUCAAAUGAGCUAAUUAAUUAUAUCCAAGAUCUGGAUAUUUCUGACCAAUGAGAAUUAGUUAAGGAUGAAGACUGAUACAAAGUAAGUAUAUUCUAUUAAUUAAAUUUAUAUUAAAUAUUAAAAAAUCUAUAUAAAAAAUAUAUUAAAACUAUUAAUUCAUAUUAAAAAUGUAUAAACUCAAAGGAAGCAAAUAUAAUUCAGAAUACCCAAUAAGCAAGCUUUGAUUCCAUCUAGAAGGAAGGGUCCCGCUCAGAAUAAUUUUAGAUGAACUAAAUACACCAGAAAAAAGGAUGGCUUGAGAUAAAAAUUUUAAAAUCUACGAAAUCAUUGGAGGUGAUUUUCCGAGAAAUUACACAAUUUAUUAUUUAAUAUCAGUUCUAGGAUACAAAGGAGACUAUAUAGAAAAAAAAAUUAUUUUUUAUCAGGCUUAUUAACCAUAAUUUUAUUUAUAAAUUUAAUAAUAAAAAUUUGAUGCUAUACAGCAUAUAUCCAUUUGGAAUGAUAAAGUAGUUGUCAUCACCUAUUCGGUAGAAAAUGAAAAUAAACCCCCUAUCAAUGGCAUCAAUAGAGGAACUACACACCUCGGAGUGACUAUAAUUUCUUUACUAAAUGAAAGAACAGAAAUUACCAUGUAUAACCAAACAGAACCAAAUAGCACACUUGGGAAAUUAUUCACAAAUUUAGCUGUAGGAAAGAUGGGGGCUUGAUGCAAAAAAUAUAAAAAUGCUAUUCAGAAAGCUAGAGGAGCACCGGUUCUUGAAAUAGAAGAAGUGGAAGAGCAGGAAGCAGAUAUCACGGCAUCUACAUUUGAUAAUGAGCCUGAAAUUACUGAAAUUAAUAGAAUUACAUAA